CCUGAUUCUUUUACUAUUCUAGGAGUGUAUGCAGAGAGUUUUCGAAGGUCUAACUGGAUCCGUAUCGAUGAUGAUGGUAAACUUGAACUUUCCACACUUGACGAGGAUUCUAGACAGUCAUCCACCAGUUCUCCAUUGUUUAGCUUGUCAAGGGAUAGCAUGGACUACCCAGACACACCUACCUAUAGACAAAGCACAGAUGAAGUCUUCCCUGAGUUAAGCCCAUCUCACCUUCUUUUGUCGCACAAGCGAUCUGAAUCAGUCUCAACCACUUUUUCUGAGCAAGAAUUCAAACGGGAAUACAUCACCCGCCGCAAGUGCCUGAUACAACGCAAACAGAGCUCCCGUGAAUAUCACAGGCUGUCAGCUAAAGUGUAUGAUCAAGAAAAGUCAAUUGUUCUUGAAAAGCGAUCAUUUGACAGUGACUAUGGACUUCACAUCCUCGACAGCCAACCAGCAUAUAUUACAGCAGUUGACCCAGGAAGCCCUGCUGAAAAAGCUGGCAUUCAAGUUGGGCAGAUAAUCGUUGCCAUCAAUGGCAUGAAUGUACUGACAGCAUCACAUGAUGCCAUAAUAAAUGCUAUGAAUUCCAAUCCAAAGAGUGUCUGCAUUGAAGUUGCUACCAGUGAUUUUCUUCCCUCUCGAGACCUACAAGCCUCAGUAGUGGAGGGCUACAUGCAUAAGCUUGGAGGUUCUUCCUUGAUGCGGUUGUGGAAGAAACGCUACUUUGUUCUGCGUCAGGACAGUUGCCUUUAUUACUACAAGCAUCAGGAAGAGGCAGAUCCACUCGGAGCAAUUCCUUUGAUUGGCUACAGUAUUUCUCGGCACCUUGAUACAGGCAGGGAUUAUUGCUUCAAGGCUGAGAAGUAUGGGGCUCGUACUUAUUACUUCAUGACAGAGAGCAGGGAUGAAAUGACUCAGUGGGUUAUUGCUCUUGUAGAUGCAGCUGCUCGAUGUAAGAAGCGAAAGGAAUCUUUCCUGAGUGUGAGCAGUCAUAAUGUUGGACUUCCAGCACUUGAAGUCAGAAGGCCUGAAUGUUCUGGGUACCUGCAAAAAGUGGGCAAUCGCCACAAGACUUGGAGACGUCGAUACUGCAUCCUUAAAGAUGCCUGCCUGUACUAUUACAAGAGUAUGAAUUCUCUCAGUGCACUGGGAGUGGCUCAUCUCCAUGGUUACAAGGUUGAUGGACAAGUGUCUGUAGGGAAGAAGCAUGCAUUUGCAUUGAUCCCUCCUGAAACAAACUUGAGAAUUUUCCAUUUCAGUGCAGAAAAUGAUACAGACAGACAGCGGUGGGUUGAAGCCAUGAUACGAUCCAUUCAGCGGUGGAUACAAGUUGACAAUACUUGCUAAAUCUUCCAACAAAUAAAUGUAAGGAUCAUUUAAGAAUAGUAAAAGUUAUGUUGAACCAAACAAGAUCUCAGGAAUCCCAGCAUAAUUCAGGGGGUCUUACCUUGCAGCAAAGUUUAUUGUCUUCCUAUCAGAUCUGAAGGUAGUGGGGAUUUCCUGACCAGAAGAUCUUCAAUGUGGCCACCACAGAUAAACAUAUGUGAAAGUUUAUAGUAAAUGUGAUUGUAUAGGGCAAAUUUCAGAUAGAUGUGAUUGUGCCAGGGAAAUUUCUUAAUGUUAUGCAAAAGGUGUAAAAUAUUCCUGGCAUUAGCAUGAGGACAAAUAUAGUUUAGACUAUAGACACCACCAUGUAUGUUUUACAUGUUGAUAACAUUUUCAGAAACUUUGGUCAUUGUGACACAGCUCACUCUAUCUGCUUUAAAGCCCAAAGUUCAGGUUUGAGAAAAGGCCUUUUGGGAUGAUCUCAUCUGAAAGAAUCUUUAUAAUGUUUCAUGUGGCCAGCAGUUUAACAGAUUUUUUUUAAAGAAUUGUCAAAGACUUUGGGGAGUUGGAAUAGCAUUGGAUCAGAGCUCACAAGAGCAAUUUUUGUCUACCAAGGUAUGGUUGAUAGAAAUCACCUGAUGCUAAACAACACAACAAAAUAUUGAAAAAUGCACAACUAUUAAUAAUUGAAAAAAGAGUUUCUUAUGCACAGAUCAGUGUCAUCAAAGCACUUUCCAUAUUGAGUAAGUUUUGAAAUGCACCUUGAUUUUGCCAGAAGGCACUGUGAUGGUAAUUUCAUCAGGAUGGCACAAUGAUUUCAUCAGGAGAGCAUGGUGAUUUAGUCAAAUGCUGGUGCAGUUCAGUGAAGGCUGGAAGAACACAGUACUAGUGAUGCUGUGUUACUCGUCAGACAGCAAUAGGAGGGGAGUGGGUACCUUGGUAUCACCAGCACUGCUCCUAAUGUUAGUCUGUGCACUGAGUGACAUGAAAGGGGGACACAAUGGAUUGACUGACCCUCAAGUGUGACAGAACAGUACAUGUUCCAUAGGCCAACCUUGCAGUGAUACAAAAACAGUGCUUGCAGGUGACAUCACAAGAAUGCUUGGGUCAAAAGAAUAAAAAAUGUCAGAGAUGAAAGACUGGAACUAAUGCAUGUUUGUGAAAUAAUGUGUUAUGCACCCUAGAUUUAUGGCAAAUAAAAGAAGUAAUUAAAGUGGUGACAAGUUAAUCAUUGAUUUUCUCUGUUAACGAAGAUAAAAUUUAUAUGCAUGAAUGUAACAAAAGCUAGGCUAAUCUUCCUUCCUCAAUUCACCAAGUAUGUAAGCAUUAACUUUGCUGCAUAUCAAAGUAUUGUUGUAUACAGAUACAACAGUCAUACCCUGCUGUGUUCAGCAUUGUAACUUGUUUCAUAGUUUACCUCCAUCGUCUGUGAAAGUUUUCCUGGGACAAUUUUUCUAUUUAGAAAACUCUGAAUUUUUUUGGUCUUAUGGAAAAAUUGUUUUGUUUUUAGGGAUUGGUUGUAUUUUACUUCAUCUUACACUAACCAGCAAAUAUGAAGUGAAAGAGUUCCAGGUCUGUUAAUGUUUACCGUUAUAUGGUGAAUUAUCUUGAAUGUCAUUGUCUUUACAAGGCACUCAUCUGGCAGCUGAAAUACACAGACCGUUCCCUGGCCAAAAUUACUCUGAGUAGAAAUUAAUAAUAGCAUAAUAAUCUCUGCUUUGUAGAACCAUCUCCUUUGGAGAAAAAAAAAAUAAGUGAGCAAACAUAAGAGAGUAGAAGAAAUUGUAUAGACGGCAUAAAUCAAAUGCCGUCUUGAAGAAUUUUGAGUCAUAUUUUGCUCUGUUUUUUCAAAGCAGUCAUGAAAAGGCAAAUAAAAAGUAAUAGAGCCAGAAUUGUCAAUGCCAGUUAUCUUCAUUGUAGGGGGAAAAAUGGGUUGCAUUUGCUCUAUAGUGCACUACACAUAUUUGCUAUAUAUUAAAUGAAGUGGCUAUGCUUUGGAUUAUGACUAUCACAUGCAGUGUAACAGUAGAGCUCAGAACUAAUAUGGUUGCAAGCCAUAUUUGUAGAUGUGUACAUUUUCAGUCAAAGAAUUUUUUUCUUCUGCAUUCCAUUUUGAAAAAAAAAUGUUUUGAUUUCCGUUUAAUUUACACAAUCUCUUGAUUUUUUUAACAGUCUAUUUAUUUUUACUCUGUGAGUUUAAAAAUUAAGCAUUUAGAAAGCUUUUAAGUAGUAAUGGAUACAAAAUUAGGGUUGUCAUACCACAGUUAAAAGAAAAUGUGCCAAAAUAUGAAAACGACUUUUGUCUUAAACUCUUUCUCAUUACAAGUUUUGCAAAGCUUCCUGUACCAUAUGAAUACAUCUGUAUGAUGUGAACAGAUGUUCUAUUAAACUCUGUUCAUCUAAGGACAGUAAAACGAGCAAAGUUCUUUAGUUUGUUUAGUUUUAUCUUAUUAACUUGCUUUUUUACCCCAAAAAACCUUAAUGGAGGCCAUUUGUAUAAAACUUUCGUGUUCUUUAAGAAUUUAAGAAAGAUGUUAUGGUAAAGAUCAUUUGAUUUUUUUCACUGUUUUUAUUUUGAGAACAGUCAUUAAAAGAAAAGUGCGUUUAUGAUUCUCAUGUCCAUUUCCUCUAUAUGCGUUAGUCCACUACAUGUUCUCAUGAAAAAGGUUGGUAUUGUUUUGCAUACUCAGAUAAGUUGAGAUGUGAGAUUGAGAGUUUGGAUAGGUUGCCUUUAUAUUUGGCGGCAAUAUUUGUCUUCUGUGUGAAAACAGUAGAUGUGAAAAUUUACAAGUUUUCUAUACUUUAGUUCACGAUCUUUGAAGAGGAUAAAGAUAAAAAGUUACAUUUCUUAUACAAUUGUUUGAUGAUUAACAUCGAAUAAGAAUGAACAUAUUUUUUUAAUUUUGCACUUGUCCGUUUUCCUGCCAGCUAUUUUAUUCUGAUGUUUCAUUUUGCAAACAAUAUUAAUACAGAUUGCUAUAAACAUUCCUAAAGAAACUGGUUGUGGCAAAUGAAUCCCCAUCCCAGAAUGCCUUCAUUUUUUGUAGUAGUGCUACACAUUCCAGUCACCCUGUAUAUCUACUGCUGACCAAAUUUUGGCUGGUAGAAAUGAGGCCUCAAAAACUAGCAUUUUGGAGGGUUAUUUUGGGAGCAUCUUUGCCUUUCAAUUAAACAUUCCAGUUCUUUGCACUGGAUUUGUACAUGUAGUUAUUUUGUACCACUUAAAGGUUGUGAGUGAAAAAAAGAUUAUUUCUUGACAAGUUUGUCAUGGCUUCCUUUUUUUUAAAUUUGCGUUGUAAUGUUUGUUAGGAGCUGGGAGGCUGUGAACAGGGCUGUGAUUCGAAAACAGAGUGAACAUGGGGGAAUUACAUUUUGCCUGACACUCUCAAGAAUUUUGAUUGACCAUUUGCGUUCUUGAAAUAGUGGACCAGUAGGUUUGUAGCUGACUUCUUGUUGACUUGUUUACUUGUUUACUUGCUGUUGAUAAUGUUACUUCAUUUGGAAGGAAGAAGUGAUUGUUGUUGUUGAUGUUCUUACGUUUACAAAUUACUAUUUCAAAUAUUUCCUGAAGUAAUUAUAAUUUUGUAAGUUUUGUUUUCAGCUUUGUUUUUGUGGAUCAUCUUGGUCAAAAGAGAGAUAUUCUUAUUAUUGUUGUUGUUGUUGAUACUAUGCUGCUGUAGAAGAUAAAUGCUUUAGAAGAUGAAUUUGUUUAUUUGCCAAGGGACGUUACACUUGGAAUUUGGUUUGAUGAUGGCCACAAGUUACUUGACAAACACCAAUCACACUCACAUCCACACAGAAUAUUAGUUUUACAAAUGUUAUCUUUCAGUGAUGACAAUCAGGAGUACUUCUGUUCAGAUAAAUAAUUUACAUAUACUGUUUGUACCAUAAGUUCUUAAGACAUUAAGCAUUCUUGCAUGAACUUCCCAGUGUUUUAGAGACAAGCACAGACUUUUGACAAAGUGAAGUGUCAUUGUGAAAAAUGUGCUAUGCCUAGGUUGUUUUAAGUGCUUGACAAAUGAAAGCUUAUUUAAGUAUGAAAUAAUUCUGAGAACAUUACAACUUGACUCCAGAUAAAAUUCUCUCAUGUCUGGCAUAUAUAGGGUUUGUCAAAAUUAUGUUAACAUUAAAUGGUACAAACCAUUUAUUCAUAAAACCUACAUCAUAUGUGUAGGAUGGUUUCAACCAAUUCACCAUCAAUGUUUUUUUGAAUCAGUGAGCAACUGCACCACUUCAAGCCCAUACACACAUUUUGCAGGAAAUAAUUCCACAGUUUGUAUUAGUGUUAACAUAAUUUUGACUAAGCCUGUAUAAAACUGAAACUGUACAUAUAAAAUGGAGUUUAUAUUUUGAAGUUAAGUAAACCUUCAGUAAAAUCAUAAGAACAAAUUAUAUAACUAUGUCAAGAUGUGCAUUUGUUACAAAUUGGUGUAAUGUUAAUAUAUUAGAAGAGAGCAUUUUAUAACCUGCUCCAGUCUGCUUGUCAAAGUGAUCUCAGCUAUUUUUCUAAUUGUUCAUUCUGCACCCUGACAAAUGUGACAAUUUUUUUUUAUGUGCAUACUAUUUUGAGCCAGAAAAAUCAACAGAUGUAUAAUUGGUUUGCACACUUUAAGCCUUUUGGCAUAUACUCAAGCAUAUUAUCAUUAACAUUCACCAAUGGUAUUAUAUUUUAUCAUUGUCAUUGCCACCACGAGUGAUGCUUAGCAAAGCAAUUCAGAUAUUUAUAUUUUAACUUGUCAAUUCAACAUUGUCUGUAAAUUUCUCGAUUUAAUGUUAGCUGACUAAUGACUUUGCCAAUUUAUUUGCUCAUUCAUGUGUUGACCAUCCUUUUGAACACACUAAACAGUUCAUCUGUCAGAUUUUGUUAUCUAGUUUAAAUGACAGAUUUAAGCAGAAGGCUUUCAGCAGUUCUCAGAAAAAAAGACAGGCUGUUUUGAAAGAUCUUAUUGCAAAAUCAAAAUGUUUUGAUGAUUGUAAUGGGGAUGAACCUGUAACGUGUAUUUCCUUGUGUGAAUGCAAGCUGAAUGUGCUGUGCACAAAAGACUAGAAAUGUACUGACAGUUAACCACUCAAGAAACAUUAAUGUUAAUGAACCAGUUAUAAAUACUAUGGUAAACAUGAGUGGACAUGUCUAUUUACAGAGGCCACCCAGAUAUUUUUAAAAGUAUCAACAUGAUGUGCAUGCAUGAAACAGAGCUGCUGACCGUGGGAAAUAAAUGCUAGUUUUGAUUGAUUCUUUAACCAAUUUAUGUGACACAAACAUUCAUGUAUAGAGAACUUUUCUCCCCUCCAGUGUAAUGUACUACCCAUUUGUAUUGUCAGCUAAUGUUGUCAUGUCAAGACUAUCUUUUAGAGAAGUCAAAUGGUUAUUCUUGUCAACCUCCAGAGUUUAUUCAGAAGUGUUAUUUUGUGUGUUGUAUUCUCACUUGUUUGAUGUGCAAGAGUGCAACUGUUUUUUUCAUAUUUGAGGAAGUGUAUUAACUUUAUGUUGCAUUAUUAAGAGCAUAAUGUUAGUACAUUUAAGAUUUGUUUGCAAUACUGUUGCAGUGUUUAGUAGCUUAUGAGUGUGUGUGUAUAUUUAAUCCAUGUAUAGAAUGAUGUGCAAUCAGUAUUAUUAGGAACUGGAAAAAUGGAAGAGAGAAAACAUAUUUGCACAAUUGUUUACAUUUUGUUUUUGCAUAUGAACAAAUUUUUCUUUUAAAUAUAACCGAUGCCAUGAAAAGUGUUGUGAAUGUUUGACUUAAACAUCUCGUUUUCAGUUAGGAGCACCUUCUGUUAUUGUAGAGGGAAUACUAGCUACCAGCAUCACAGUCAUUUGCUAUUCAGUAGUGAAUAUGUUUGUAUAUGGAGAUUUUAGGAUGAGUUCUGCUGUAAAAUAACAUUUCAUUUUGAACAGAAAAUAUUACGUUGAUGUAAAAUGAAGGGGUAUGAAUUUUCAUAUCCAGUCAUAAAGAAACAUACAUAAAAGCUUAAUGAAAAGUAUGUUUAUUUAGAAAUUUUUUUUCUGGGGCAUGAAGCUUGCCUUGUUUUUGAUACCCAAAGCAAACAUACUUCUCAGAUUUGUUUUACUGCUGUAGAACAAGAUCUGACUUAAUUAAUUUAAUUUAAGCACUUGUAACGCGCAGUAUUUUGGCUGAGAUAGGUUACACUCUCUGUGCUGACCAGUAAUGAUAAAAGGAAGACAAUGGAAGUUUAGACACAAAUAGGCACACUGAACAGAUGCAGUGAAUUCAGUCAUGCCAUUACACGGGAUCUUUGAUAAGGUCAAUAAAAUUCUGCAUCCAAAAAUAUCUGAAAGUUAUUAUGACAUUUGUAUGGAAGCUCAUCUCUCAAUCUUCAAUCCUUUGGCCCAACUUUCACAGAUAAAAAUAUCGUUCCAUCAACACAAGAUCAUUUUAAGCUGAGCUUCCUGGGGAUACAUGCUGUCAGUUAUUGCAGACUGGCCUGUACUGCAUGUAACUCUUGUUGUGGUAGCUCAACAUCAAAUCUUUCUGAAGCAGCUGUAGGAAGGUAAUCAGAGUUUGAAGUCGACACAGCUGAUGUGUAGAUCUAAAUCUAAUGAUGGCGCAGAUAUGAUAGUAGAAAUAAAAUGCCCCAGGAAAAGACGAGAAGUGGUGCAGACGCAGAAAUCCUCACAGGAACGUAGCAAAUAUCCUAACAGAUGUACUGAUGAACAUUAAACACGAAACUUCACGCAGAUCAACUGGUAAAUAUGCAAGUAGCCAGUUAUGCAAAGAGACAUCAGUCUCCUUCCUCAAAUCUUGCAAUUUGCCUUCCUCAAGAACAUUUUGUGGUUCUCCACCUCUCAGAUUUUAAGCUAAUGAAUGUUUUCUGCUUAGGAUGACUUUUGCUUUUAUUUCUAAGGAUUGGAUCCAUUUUUACUGGAAACAAGCACGACUCAAACUGGUAUUAUGAGAUAGGUGGUGUGUAAUUAUUUUGUGCAUUUUGUUAGAAUGAAGACUAACCACACAAUCCAUUCUUUUCUUGGUGUUCUUAUGUCUGGAUUGUUGCCACACAUGGAUUUUGCAGUUCUUUUGCUGCCCCUUCAGACUUAAUGAGGACUGUACUAGUAAUAGUAAUUAAUAUUGCAGCUAACUUCUGUUGUACGUGUUCUUAGCUUCAUCUUGACAGCGACUACAGUCCAUAAUAACUUGCCUUCUUAAGCAUGAUCACACCACAGAUUGUGCUCUCUAGAAUCUUUUUUAACUCUCAUCAAAGCUGUAAUCACCUGCACACACUAUUCAUGAUGAAAGUGAAUUCUGUUGGGUUUUCUCAGGAUGAUUAACAACAGCCAGAUUUUUUUUGUUUCACCUGUUCUACUUCAGUGUCUUGUGUCUGGGACAGAGUAUACUUAAUUCGUAUUAGUUCAGAGACCUUUUAUAUAUUUAUAUACACACACGUACAUAAAACCGUUUUUUGGAAUUGGCAGAACCCACUAAACAAAUACAAUUCGCUUGUUACUAACAGUUAUCCACACAUUCCACUGUUUAUAUAUAUAUAUCUUUUUUUUCAAAGGUGGCCUUUUUCUUCAUACUAAUAUUUAAUGUUUGUAAAAAUGGCAAACAUGAUCAUGAUUUCCUUGAGUUUUGUUAUUAUUUUUGGACUGGUUGUGGGAAUUUUUCUGUUUUUGAUUUUUUGUCCUAGAAACAAGCUUAUAAAGAUCCAAGUAGAAACUGUUUUUUCCAGGAAUACAGUGAUAGCAAAUUUUUAUUUUUGGUAAACAUUCAGUGGAUUUGAAGAUACAUGAUUUUGUUGCUUGGUCUGUGAUUUUCGUUUAAUGUUGUUUCAUUGUUAUUAAUGUUUAAUGUUUCAAGUUGUUAACAAAAUUGUUUCAGAUUUUCAAAGUGUAGAUUUUUGGCACAUACAGUUGAUUAAGGGUUUAUGCUAAAUGUGUUGUACUUGUCAGUAAACUGUCUUGUGAAUGCUGUAGUUGAAUAUGAAAAAUGUUAAACUUUUCUGUUAACAUACAAAUACUUUCUUUUUUAAAUUGAUUUGCUAUUGGUGAGAUGGAUUAAAAGUAACCAGUACUGUAAUUUGUUGUCCUGUUGACCUUGAAUUACUUGUCCGUGUUAAUUAAAAAUCCUUAAAAUUUGA